AUGUCAAAAGCUUCAGAGUUUUUGAAGAAUAUCCAGAGGCCAAAGUCAGGCCUCACACAUAGCAUCGCAGAUGAUGCUUCCUACUUCAGUGAACUAGCUGAAGAGGAGACCGUAAAUCAUGUCAAAAAUCUUCAGAGUGGCGAAGCCAAUAUUAUGGUGGCAGUCAGAGUCAGGCCUGUGUCUAAAGCAGAGCUGAAAAAGGAGCUUUACCCUAUUGUCAAGGUCAUGGAUGACAAAUUUAUAACAGUACAAGAUCCCUCUACUGGGCCUGGUGACGGAGAAUUCGCAACCAACCAAGCAUCUGGAGGGGUCAAGGAGAAACAAUAUGCUUUUGAUUAUGUGUUUGAUGAGAAUACUGAGCAGAAGACUGUUUUUGACAAGACUACACAGAUCUUACUUGAUGGGGUUCUUGAUGGGUACAAUGCCACGGUCUUUGCUUAUGGAGCCACCGGUGCUGGAAAGACUUAUACCAUGCUUGGGACGCCAACUGAAAAAGGCAUUUUUGGUAACUCCUUCGAAGAGCUAUUCACUCAGAUGGAAGAUCAUAGUAAAGACAAGGAGUUCAAAAUCAAGAUGAGCUUCAUUGAAAUUUAUAACGAAAUGAUUUUUGAUUUAUUAUUACCAAACGAGAAACCUCUCGAGCUAAGAGAAGAUGCUACCAAAGGCAUCCACGUUGCUGGAAUCUCAGAGAUCCGGGCUGAAAGUACUGGGGAAGUCUUAGAACUUCUUCACCUUGGUAAUCAAAACAGAAGUACCGAAGCCACUGAUGCCAAUAAUGAAAGUUCAAGAUCGCAUGCUUUGUUACUAGUCACAGUCGAGCAUAAAGAACGAAAUUCUGGAACUGAGGCUGAAAUUAAAGUUGGGAAGUUCUCAUUAAUAGAUCUUGCUGGGUCCGAAAGAGCUUCCAAUACAAACAACACAGGAAUCCGGCUGGUUGAAGGAGCAAAUAUCAACAGAUCUUUACUAGCUUUAGGUAACUGUAUUACUCUCUUAUACCAAAACAGUGAAAAGAAGAGUAAGAAAUACAUCCCUUUCAGAGAUUCCAAACUCACAAGGCUUUUAAAAGACUCCUUGGGAGGGAACAGUAGAACAGUUAUGAUUGCUAAUAUUUCACCAUGAAAUAGUGUAUAUGAGGAGACUAGCAAUACUCUGAAGUAUGCGAGCCGUGCUAAAAACAUCAAAACAGACGUUCGAAGGAACGUUCUCAGUGUAUCAUUUCACGUGAGUAAAUAUCAAUCUAUCAUAAACAGCCUGAAGAAGCAGGUAAAUGAACUAAAGGACGAGCUAGCCCAGCAAGAUCUAGACAGCACCAAGGAUGCUAAGACAUUCGAUCAACUCCGAAAAGAGAUGGAGGACAACUUCCAGAAAGAAGUCGAAAACAGGAAGAGCUACAUGGAAAAUGAAAGAGUUCUCAUCGAGGCCAGUAUAAAACUCUUCCAGCACAAGACAGAAUUUGAGAAAUAUAACAAAGAGUUUGGCAAAACACAUGUCAAGACUAAGCAAGCUGACGAGAACAUAAAAGCCGAACAAAAAGUGAUAGAGAAAUGAAAUGACAACUUGAAGAAGUACAGAGAAAAAUUACCUCAAAUUAUGAAGAAGAAAAAGAUCAAAGACCUCCAGCUCGCGAUGCUACAGGUCAUUUCUCAAAAUCAUGCAACUUCAAUUGAAAAUAUUACUUUGAAGAAUAAGGAAGAAAUUGAGAUGGGAAAAGCAAAAGCGAAGGAUAUUGAGCUGAAAUAUCUUCAAGAAAUGGUAGCUAUUCGAGAUUCCGUGAUAACACAGACUAAGAAACAACUACAGAACAACCUUGAGACACCUGAAGAUAUUCAGAAAAGAAUGAAAAUUUCAUUCCCAUCGCUUACCUAUUCAAAUACUAAUUUGAGUAACACUAUGAGGAAUCGGAACAGAAGUGUUAGUGUCAGGGUUGAAGGCAAUGGAGGAGAUACAGCUAGUGACCUCAGCAUGCCGACUGUAGUGGGCAAUGCUAAGCAGUAA